AGCAGAAAAAAGAACUGCAAAAAAAAAUUUAGAUAGUAACAUCACCACGACUACUACAAUAGAAUCGAUUACACUACAAGCUCUUAGUGAUUAUAUAGCUGAAUUAAUUUUUAAUGCUGAUAAUAAUAAUGGAAUUUUGGUUAAGAUAUAUUUGGAUCUUAAUGAUGAUAUUUUUUCAAUAGCGACAUUUGAUGAUCCUAAAUCAAUAGUAAGAAUAAUUAUUGACAAAAUCAAAGAAGGAGAUGAUUAUACCUGA